AUGUGCUCCCAGAGCGGUGCCUUCGGAGGUGGCUACGGCGGCCUCAGUGGCAGUGGGAGCAAGUCUUCCAGCAGCUCACAGAGCGGCGCCUUUGGAGGUGGCUAUGGCGGCAUCAGUGGCAGUGGGAGCAAGUCUUCUAGCAGCUCCCAGAGUGGGGCCUUCGGAGGUGGCUACGGUGGCUUGAGUGGCAGCGGCAGCAUGUCUUCGAGCAGCUCCCAGAGUGGUGCCUUUGGAGGAGGCUAUGGCAGCCUUAGUGGCAGCAAGAGUUCGAGUCAGUCAGCGUCCGAGAGCGUCGGCUACGGCCACGGUGGCUCCGUGUCGGGCAGCAAGAGCUCCAGUGCAAGCGAAGCUGUCGGCUAUGGACGCUGA